AUGAAGACCAAGUCGACCGGCCUCAGAGUGAGGUUACCUGUGUUUGUCUUUGUCACACAGGUGAUUAUCGUUGCAUUAUUCGCUUCUUUUGUCACCUAUGAUGAGCAAACGGACGCCCGGUUCCAGACUAACCGGACUAACCCCAUGGACAACGCUCUGUACAGGGACUACCCGGUUUUUACGGACAUACAGGUCAUGAUAUUCCUCGGCUUCGGGUGCCUGUUGGCCUUUUUCCGACUCUACGGUUUUGGGGGGUUGGUCUUCAACUUCCUCACGGCUACCUUCGCCAUCCAGUGGGCCAUCCUGGUGCAGGGCUACUUCCAGUUCAGCCACGAGGGUAAGAUCCACCUCGGCGUGAUCAACCUGGUGAAUGCAGAGUUUGCGUGCGCCGUGGUGCUGAUUUCUUUUGGUGCAGUAUUGGGGAGAACGAGUCCGCUGCAGCUGCUGGUCAUGGCUCUGCUGGAGGUGCCCGUGUUUGCGUGCACCGAAUGGGCCGUGCUGAAGUAUCUGAGGAUCAACGACGCAGGGGGCUCCAUUCUAAUCCACCUGUUUGCCUGUUACUUUGGCUUGGGGGUCUCCUUUGUGCUCUACAGGCCAUGCCUUAACGAAGGCCACGCCAAGGAGAACACCAGCUACCAGUCGGACAUCCUGUCGGUGAUUGGGACCUUGUUCCUCUGGGUGUUCUGGCCCUCCUUCAACUCAGCAUUGACCCUGAAAGGAGACGACCAGCACCGGGCCGUCAUCCACACUUUCCUCGGCCUCAGCGCCUCCACGCUCACGGCCUUCGCUCUCUCCACCAUGCUGAACAAAAGAGGAAAGAUCACCAUGGCCGACGUUCAGAACGUGACCCUGGCUGGAGGCGUGACGGUCGGGGCGACUGUGGAUAUGAUGAUCUCACCAGCGGCCGCGUACUCUCUGGGUAUAAUGGGCUGCACAGCGUGCAUGCUGGGCUACAAGUACUUGACCCCCGUCCUGGCACGACACUUUAGGAUCCAGGAUCAGUGUGGAAUACAUAAUUUGCACGGCCUGACGGGACUUAUAUCCUGCACUGCGGGGAUAUGCGCCAUACUGAUGGCCAACGAGGAGACGUAUGGCCCCAGUUUCUAUGAGAUCUUUAGCCACAGAGCACCAGUGGAGGGGGACCCCAAGCUGCAAGAGCUCCAGAUGUUGAUCCCCGGUUUAAAGCCGGGGUUGGGGAGGACCGCCCGGGAGCAGGCUCUCUACCAGGUGGCAGCUGUGUUCUCCACCAUCGGAGUGUCAGCGCUGGGAGGCGUCCUCACGGGCUUCGUCCUGAAGAUGAAGUGUUUCGCGCCACCGCCCGAUAAUUUCUGUUUUGAUGAUGAGCUGUUUUUUGAAUUUCCUCUAGAUUACGAUUCACCGCCUGAACUCAACAACACAACGGAGGAUUCUGCAGCAUGA